AUGCCAGCUUUGUCACAUUUACACCAACUUGCUGGUGGUCUCACAUUCAGCCAUGUAGCUCUAAUAUUCAUAGCUGCAAGCGCAGCAUUGCUCAUAAUCGAUUACACACGUAUGCUUCUCCUCCGCCGAAAAAUGCCCCCAGGACCUUUCCCUCUCCCAAUUAUCGGCAACACGCAUCUUCUACCUGACAGAAAACCAUGGAUCUACUUCGAAACACUCUCCAAGCAGUACAACUCAGGCAUAAUCACCUUCUGGAUCGGACGCAACCCCACCGUCUGGCUAAACGACUCCAAAAGUGCAUCUGAUCUCCUCGACAAACGAGCAGCUACGUUCUCGUCUCGACCACGAAUGAUAGUUUUCGGAGAAUUGGCAUUCGAUCAGACGAGUCUGGUGACGAUGAAGUAUGGAGAGCGGUUUCGUGUUCAUAGAAAGUUGACACAUAUGGGGAUUGGGUUGCAGCAGGUUCGCAACUAUCAGAAGUUGCAGAGUGAUGAGAAUAAGGUGGUGUUGAGGAAUUUGCUUACUGAUUCUGAGAAUUAUGUUGCGCAUUUUGAGAGGUAUGCUGCGAGUGUUGUGUCGAUUAUUGGGUUUGGGAGGAGGAUAUCCCAGAUUACGGAUCCGAUUAUCACGGAAGUUAUAUUUCUCAUGCAACGAGCAGCCGAACGCAAUGUACCCGGAAAGACCUUUCCCAUGCUAAUGGAAACGUUCCCUUGGCUCGCCAAAUUCCCAAAUCGAAUCGCGCCCUGGAAGAAAGGACUUGGAACACCUCGAGCUAAGAAUUUCUUCUACGCCCUAGCAGAGGAAGCAGCCAACACGGAAGGUGGAGACAAUUAUUCCAAGAAGCUGUUCGAACAAGCUCCCAAGUACAAUUUAUCGGACAUGGAGCUGUCAACCUUGGCAGGCUCGCUGUUCGGAGCUGGAAGCGAUACGUCGAGUUCGACGUUGAUCACUUUCGUUUUGGCGUGCUGCGCAUUCCCUGAGAGUCUACCGAAAGCUUGGGAGGAAUUGGAUAGGGUUGUUGGGCCGCAUCGAAGUCCGGGUUUUGAGGAUGAGAAGGAUUUAGUGUAUGUUAAAGCGCUUGUGAAGGAGGUGCUUCGGUGGAGGUCAGUAGCGAUCCUUGGUGGUCAGCCGCAUGCUCCCAUUCGAGAUGAGAUUUAUCAGGACUGGUUGAUACCGAAGGAUACCUGGGUCCAAGGAAACGUGUGGGCAAUCCACAGAAACGAGAAAGAUUUUCCAGACCCCGACCGCUUCAAUCCCGAACGGUACUUGGAAAGUAAUCCAGAUCAUCGGCCAUUUCCGAACGAGCGAGGCUAUAUGACAUUUGGUUGGGGAAGAAGAGUAUGUGCCGGUCAAGCGCUUGCUGAGCAGGGCACAUUCAUCAGUGUUGCUCGCUUAUUAUGGGCAUUCAAUAUCCAAAAAGCUGUGGACGAAGCAGGAAAUGAUAUUCCGGUGGACAUCUUUGACUACACUGAUGGACUAAACAUCCGACCCAACCUCUUCAAGUGUAGGAUCACUCCGAGGAAUGAGGAGAUCAGAAAGACGAUUGAAAGGGAAGGAAAACAAGCAACUGAGGAUCUAUCGGUGUACAAUGGAGAGACAAAGUUCAGGAUAAGCACAUAUUCCGCGAAAGGCUAG